UAAUUAAUCAGGAAGUGUGUGGGGGGGAGGGCUACCAAGGAACCUGAGCGAAAGCAGCUCUUCGUUUGUCAAAGCCACUUCAUCCCCUGGGUGCUGUGGUUUUUAGAGGCGGCUUCCACCUAAUGUUUGCACUUCACACGACUUGUAAAGAGGUGCUCGAAUCCCUUAAUGAACAGUUUACAUCUUUACCAGAAAUGACUACCCCAAACAAGACCCCACCUGGUGCUGAUCCAAAGCAGUUAGAGAGGACUGGUACUGUUAGAGAAAUAGGCUCACAAGCAGUGUGGUCCCUUUCAUCCUGUAAGCCAGGGUUUGGAGUGGAUCAGUUACGAGAUGAUAAUCUAGAAACUUACUGGCAGUCAGAUGGAUCACAGCCUCAUUUGGUGAACAUCCAAUUUAGAAGAAAAACAACAGUGAAGACAUUAUGCAUUUAUGCAGACUACAAAUCUGAUGAAAGUUACACUCCAAGCAAAAUCUCUGUCAGAGUAGGAAAUAAUUUUCAUAAUCUCCAGGAAAUCCGGCAACUUGAACUAGUGGAACCGAGCGGCUGGAUUCACGUUCCUCUGACAGACACUCACAAGAAGCCAAUCCGCACGUUCAUGAUCCAGAUUGCUGUCCUAGCCAAUCACCAGAACGGGAGGGACACUCACAUGAGACAAAUCAAAGUGUACACCCCAGUGGAAGAGAGCUCCAUUGGGAAAUUCCCUCGAUGCACAACGAUUGAUUUCAUGAUGUAUCGCUCCAUAAGAUAAAGUUGGAUGACGGUAUCGUUGCUAAAGUAGUCAGAUACUUAAAGAGCAGGGUUUACUUCAGCCUAAUUAUAUCUUUUAUGUUUAUACUUUGUACAAUUUUGAAAUAAAGAUAAUACUGUGUUACAAUGUA